ACAGAUACGGGAACUUUCAUACUCUGAGUUUCAGCUGAUUUGCUAGGAAUAAGAGGAGUACAUUGCUUUGCUGCUAUUAGUGACCUUUACCAGAACCAAUCUUCAAAAAGGUUCUUCGCGAUGUGGUUGACUGGCUUGACAGCGGUGAUACUUGGUGUAAAACUAUCGCAGACGAUUUAUUCCGAUGAACCUUGCCACGCAAUUGAAGUAUCUGAAACGGUUACCGAAUCGCAAUCAACAAUUGGAUCAGUUUCCACCUUUUGCCGCUAUGUCCAAAACGACAACAAUACCUGGACCAUAAUCCACAGACGCGUCGAUGGAACGCUGAACUUUACGCGCACUUGGGAAGAUUAUCGCGAUGGUUUCGGGGAUCUGCAGGGCGAGUACUGGUUAGGGCUGGAGAAGAUUCAUCAGCUCACUCAAACUGGUCCACAUAAGCUGAUGGUGGUGUUGAAAGAUUACGACGAUGUGAGAAUGUGGGCUUUGUACGAUAAGUUUAGGGUUCUGAGUGAGGUCGACCAGUACGAAUUGGAAGUGGGACAGUUCAGUGCAGGGGAUGCAGAAGACAGCUUGAAGGAACACAACGCGAUGAAGUUUUCUACUCCGGACCGAGAUAAUGACAUGUGGAGUGGUAACUGCGCGGAAUUGUACGAAAGCGGUUGGUGGUUCAAGAAUUGCCAUGCAGUAAACCUCAAUGGAAUUUAUCAAGACGAAACGGAGUACGACAAAAUGAUGUGGGGCAAGAAAAGUCUCAAGGAAGCUCAGAUGAUGAUACGAGUUGAUGAAUCAAGUCAAUGAGGUUGAUCUAGCUGAUUAUGAAGCAAACUGCAAAUAAAAAAUAGUUGUCUUCUUGUCGUC